GCAGCUUCUACCUCUUCACUUAUUAUGUGUCACUAAAAACGCAACUAUACAAUAACUAACCUUCUAUAACAACUAGUAAUCCAACUUGGAUAAAAAGCGAAAAUGACGGUAACCAACAUUAAUAAUAUUAUUGACCAAAAGACUGUCGAAGUUGGAAGCUAUCCAUUCAAUAUACAAGCAAUUGAACGAGAAAGUCCAAUUGAGGCAAGUGAGGCAACCAACAGCAAUGGCGUAGACCAAAGACAAAAACCUAUUAAUAUAAAAAUAAAAAUUCAAAACACCCAAAGGAAAGAUGGUCAAAAUGGUAUUGUGGCCGCGCGAUGUGGGUCUAAGAAAUUGCGAAGUUUGAAUAGCGACCAAACAAUCAUGUCUUUUGAUUUAGUAAGGGAGAACAGUUUACUAGCAUCAACUAGAAAACAUGGAAGCAAAUUUGUAAAGCUUUUGAUGCCAGGAAAGUGUCUUAGUUCUAAAACUAAAGAUGAUGAUUAUUCAUACGUCCCUAGUGACUUUGAAAUAAAUAAAAAUAAAUGUAUAGGCAACUUGAGCAAAGAUAACAAAACGAAUCUAGAUAGAGAAGAUGAUCUUCCACCUAUUAUUAUUUUGGGGAAAUGCAAACCAGGUGGAUGUUUAGAUCCUGUUUUUUCUGAAGAUAAAUUAAGCUAUACACCUACAACUAAGACAACAUUAAAAAUAUCCGAAAAUUUAACCAGAGAUGCCAAAACAUCUCAAGACAAAAAGGAAACAAUAGCUGAUGCUGAAAUUACUGUAAAUCAGAAAGAAUCUCCUCUCAGAACCAACAACAUAAGUUCUGAGGCCAUAAUCACUUAUCCGAUUGCACCGUUAUCUGGUAAAAUAACAACAACGAAAAAAUCAAAUGAGAAAUCACCGGAAUUUAAAAAUAAAGACGAUAAAACUCUUAAAAAUUAUCAAAACGAAUUAACAGAAGUAUUCUUCCGGCCAAGUAAGAUAGAAGGAAGAUCAAGGGAGACGUCUCUGAAAGAAAACGUUCAAUAUCUAAGUAUUUUAAGAACUGGAAGAGAUAUAGACGACGUUUUAAAUAAUUUAACUGCAAGUGACGAUCAAAGUAAUAUUUCAAGUGAUAAUAAGAACCAAGAUGGCAAUGAAUCGACAAACACAUUAAGUGUUACACAUAUUAUAUCAGAAAACCUAGAAAGUAUUGCAGAAAAAGAAAAUGUUUCCUUGAAGAGCUUAAGCAAAAUAACUUUUCCGACCCAUGAUGAUAAAAAUAAUGAUUUUAUUUACGACUCUAAAAAUCUUCCAAACAAAGACAUGAAAAAUGAUACGAAGUUUCUAUAUGAGGAUAACUUGAAAUUGUCACAAAGUAACUUAAAAGAUAAAACUAAUGAAGUGGAAUCUUUGAGUGUAACAUCGACUAGUUACGAUAAUAGCCAAUAUUUAGAAACUCCGAAGUUGGAAAGAAUGGAACUGCCUAUUUCUAGUCAUUAUACUCGACAUAGCCUUCCUGAAAUACUUAGUCUCGACGUGGCUCAAAUGAAUAUAAGUAAAUAUAUUGUGGCAAGUAAAAAUAAAUCAAGAGAUGACUUUAAAAAGUUGGAACCCAGUGUAAAUAGAGAUGAAAGUCAUAAUAUUUUGAAAAACGAGGAUAGAAAAACGAAUAUGAUACAAGGUAAAAUCUUAAGUAAUGCUUCUUUUAAACAGAAUUUUAUACUUCAAUCUAUAAUCCAGAAUGAUAUUUUAGAAAGUAUUAAUUUUGCAACGGAUCAUAAUAUGAAAUCGAUGUCUGAAACUAACAUGGAUGAUGAAAAACAAAAGUCACGAUUAAGUCUAGACAACAUCGAAAAAAAUAUAAUUGGAAGCAAAGAUUCUGAAAAAGAUCUAUUCAGUUCGAAAAAAACAAUCGACAGAAUUAAUGUAACUAAGCAUCUUACAAAAUCAUUAAGUCCAUCGAAUACAAUAAUUUGUAUGCCAAAGCAAAAUGCAUCUGAUGAACGUGACUAUAACAACGAAGUUGAAAAUAAAAAUUGUUUAUCCAUUGAUAGCAAGUUGGAUAUUAUCGACCAUUCAAAAAAUAGCAGAGCAACAGAACAAAAUAUUUUUAGGAAUUCCGUACCAAAAUACAAUAUUGUUCAAGAAAAUCUACUAAGCGAUAAGGACCUUUUAAAUUAUACAAGUGCACAUGUAGAAAUAAAUAAUACAAGACAGAGUUCACAGGUAUUCGAGAAAACCAAUUUUGAAAAAUCUGAAAUUACAGAAAGUGCUCCAGCUCCUCAUAAUUUAAAAGAAAAAUCUUCAAACGAUUUGCAUGAUAUCCUUACAAACGAUAUUAAUAAUAGUAAUAAUAGAAAAGAUGAUGAAAAGAAAUCUCCUGGAAUUUCAAUGGAAGGUUUGGAAUAUAUUAAUCAAAAAACCGAAGAAAGAAAUAAAAGUACUGAUAGCAAAUCCACGUCGAUACAAAAGUCACCCUACAUAACGAUUACGUCUGCGGUCCCUACAACGCAAUUGAUAUACGAUUCAGAAUAUUCUACAAAUGAAAACCAAGAAAAUACGUUGAAAAAUGAGCAUUUAUUCGAAAAAAAGGAUAUUAACAUAAGGUAUGUUGAUUUGUUGGAAAACACUAUAACAGAAAACUUAUCCAACAUAACAACUCCCAUUGUAUUUUCGACACAUAAUAAAGAAAAUUUGUCAGAUGAUCACCAAGAAAAAGAUAUGAAAAUUAAAAAUGUAAACGAAGAUGAUGAGAUUAAUAACGAAUCUUUGAACUUAAGUAACACGGAAUCGACCUUUACAAAGAGCAUGUUCAAUGAAUCGGUUACAGAUAUCAAAGAGAAAAACAGUGAGUCGUUCCUACGAGUAAGGACACCAACUAACUUAUUAGCAGCUUUACCACAAACUCAUCAUUCACUAAAUGAUUUAGCUGUAACGCCAACAGAAAGUCAAAUUACCAAUCACGAAAAAAUAAACAAAAACAUAAGACGGUCACUUAAAAAGAAACCACGUACGCUUGACCAUGAAGAAGGGCACCUAAGUAUUAUAAAAGAGGUCUUUGAGAGAAAGACAAUAUCUAAAGAAAAUAUGCCACUGGUUGCGACAUUGAUGUACGAUAACUUUUUAGAAAACGUUAAACAAGAAAUUGACCAGAACUCCCUUGUCAGUGACGAUAAAAUACUACAAGAGAAAUACGAAAGCAUAACACAAGAACAAAGUGUAGAUAUAAGUUUAGUAAAACUUGAAGAUACUGAAGACGAACAUUUCAGAUUAACAGCAGUUAGUAACAAUUGUCCAUCGAUUUCCUCACAAAGAUCCGAUACUUUUCUAAAAAUUGCAAAAGACAUCAGACUUGAUGUUAAUGAAUACGUUUCAAGUUUGGAAAAUAAAGAUAUUGUUGAUAAUAAAAGCUCACAUAUAUUUGAUUUAGUAAAAACACUAGAAGUAACUGACAAAAUUAAAAGCAAAAGUUAUAUUCUACUGAAUUUAGGUUUCGAAAGCUAUGUUAAUAAUAAUGAUGAAAAAAUUAUAAAUACUUUGGAUCCCUUUUUGAAACCAAACAACAAUAACAAACAAUUAGUUAAUGUUAUUAGAAAAACAGCAAGAAUAAAUGACAUUCUCACAAUACCUCUAGACUCGGAUGUAGAAAUUAAUAUUGCAAUAAAGUCCAAAAAAAAACUGAAAAUAAAAGAUGACGAAGAUGUACAAAAAACGUUACCUACCGAGAAACGUAAUCAUUAUCAACUGAAAAUAAAAGAUGACGAAGAUGUACAAAAAACGUUACCUACCGAGAAAUGUAAUAUACAACAUUUGAUACACACCUUGCAUGACCACAAUUUGGUUCAAGUUAAAAAUAUUAUUGAACAACUAACAAAAGACAUCCAAUUUAUUAACUAUAAUAACCUUCAACGAAAGAUAAAAAUUAAAUCAAGUAUUAAAUCUCUGAACCACAAAAGACGUUCACUUAAGUGCUGUAAAUGUUACAAAAGAAGAAUUGAAAAAUGUAUCGAAUAAAACAUCACAACAAUAGCAAAAGGUAUUAAAAACUAAAAAAUGGUGAAUAAAUCUAUCAAAACUAUAUUUGAAAGUGUUGAUG